GUGGGGGUAAGUCUGGUACAACCCGUCCAAUCUCGUUCGCGACUUCCUUCAAUGAAUUUCAUUCAGGUGACGUAAUCGCCAAACCUGGCUAAGUUCCCUCCUGGUCUGAUUCUUGUCCACGAUAAUCACAGACGACAAUCAGUUGCGCAAUUAAAUCAGUUAUCGAUCUGAAAAUGGCGGCCAAAGGUGAAGUCCCACCUGAUUUUUCACUCGACUUCGGUGGAUUAUCCCUCGGGGAUGUAAAAAAACGUGAAAAACCUUCGAAGAGUCCCUCUGCCAAUCUUAAAAUCGUCUACUUCGAUGUUCAAUCCACCGGAUUUUCCGGUGGUGCGGAGGUUAUUCAACUUGCAGCACGAUAUCAAGACCGUAGCUACUCUGAUUACAUAAUGCCCAAGAAGGAAAUCCCAGACGAGGUGACGGAUCUGACAGGGCUGUUCAAAUGGAGGUCAAUGAUGGUUAAUUCUUACAACAACUGCGAACCAGUGCCUGCAGAAGACAAACAGACCGCCGUCAACAAUUUUUUUGCAUUCUUGAAGUCAGUCGGUGAGGAAGUCAUUCUCGUUGCUCAUAACUGCCUCCACUACGAUGCCCCAAUGCUCAGUGGGCUUAUGUACGAGGUGGACAAGGUAGGUGACUUCAAAAAAUUAGUCUUUGGAUUUUCGGAGGUACUUGGACUCUUCCGAAAGAAAUUAAAGGGCCGACGGGAUGAGAAACAUGGAUUUAAACUUGAAAAACUUGCUGGUCAUUUUUUACAUGAAAAAAACAAAACAUUGAACUCAGUUGUCCACGUGAAGUGGCUCCAGGGACUCGUCAAGCAUCCUCGUAUCAAUAUAUCUGAUGAUGAGCUGAUUAAUCAUCACAUACCUGCCGAGGGUGUCGUCAAUGAGGCCACUGAACGCAAGUGGAAAUACGCCCUCAGAAAGGAUGUUGAGUUACUCAAGGUCACUGUGAGUGAUACACACGGAUUUGUUGGUCUCGAUAACGAAAUAAUCGAUCGUUUUGUGGGGCAGGGAAUUGGCCUGCACGAUCUUUACUCGUACUGGAAGCAUGGGGGUGAGGACUAUGUCAGGAUGAUCAUCACAACUCCCAUGGAGGGACAACCUGAUUCGGUUAUUGCUCAAAAUGAUCAAGAGGAACAGAUGAUUAUGGAUAAUCUUGCUGUUGUCUUUAAGCAUGGACUGCAGAGUAUUCUCGCCAUUGCUGAAAUUGCUCGGGAUCAUCCUUUCGUCACCGAGGGGUUGUAGAGCUCAUGGACUCAUGUGAGAGGUUUUGGAUUUAUUUCUGUCUCGAAAAUGUGUGAUUUUCACAUUAAAAUUUUCUUUGCAACCAGACUCUAGUUUCGCUGUACAAUUGGAACCCAGUUCGUUUAAUUGGAAUAUUCCUUAUUAUUAGCUGUCUUGGAUGGUAAUAUAAAUCAGGUUGUUCUUUUCUGUUAUCAAACAAUAGGGUCGAUAUAUUUUUUUUGUUAAAUUAGGUCAUAAAUGACGUAGAAUUUUAUUUUUGUUAUAUUUUUGUGAGACUGAGAAAAUAAAGACCAAAGUAUCCUCCCCUAGAUUCAUAAAUUA